AUUUAAUUGUCCAAGCUACGCGACGACCGACGGCCGAUUGCCAACUCCAGUUCACUCCUUUCACCUAUACCCGCAACCUACUUUCGACGUAAUCCUCGGUCGAUAUUGAACUCAAUUAUUUCGUUUCGAUCUACCCGUCUCAAAUUCUACAAAUACGAUAACAAUGGCUCCGAAGAAGGCGGCUGCGACGAACGACAAGUACUCGGUCAUCCUACCGACAUACAAUGAGCGCCGCAAUCUUCCCAUCGUCACCUGGUUGCUCAACCGAACCUUCACCGAGAACAACCUCGACUGGGAACUCAUAAUCGUCGACGACGGCUCGCCGGACGGAACACAGGUGGUAGCGGAGCAGCUGGUGAAGGCGUACGCGCCGCACGUCGUGCUGAAGACGCGCACGGGCAAGCUGGGGCUGGGCACGGCGUACGUGCACGGCCUGCAGUUCGCGACGGGCAACUUCGUGAUCAUCAUGGACGCGGACUUCAGCCACCACCCCAAGUUCAUCCCGCGCAUGAUCGCGCGCCAGCGCGCCGGCAACUUCGACAUCGUCACGGGCACGCGGUACGCCGGCGACGGCGGCGUGUACGGCUGGGACCUCAAGCGCAAGUUCGUCAGCCGCGGCGCCAACCUGUUCGCCGACACCGUCCUGCGCCCCGGCGUCAGCGACCUGACCGGCAGCUUCCGGCUCUACAAGAAGGCCGUGCUGCAGAAGGUCAUCGAGAGCACCGAGAGCAAAGGGUACACCUUCCAGAUGGAGAUGAUGGUGCGCGCCAAGGCCAUGGGCUUCUCCGUCGCCGAGGUCCCCAUCUCCUUCGUCGACCGCUUGUACGGCGAGUCGAAGCUCGGCGGCGACGAGAUCGUCGAGUACGCGAAAGGCGUGCUGAGUUUGUGGCUGAAGGUUUGAAGGGUGGGGUAUAUACUUGCUUCUCUAGUGCCGAAGCCCGGCUACGACAUGAUUCGGAAGCAAAAUGGUUCGGCUAGUUCGGCGUUGGGUUGGAUGGUUCGGCCUGUGUACCAUCAAUGCUCAUAACUAAUACAGGCAAAAGAUCGUGACAUUAUAUUGUUCUCCGUGCAUACAUUGAUGUUAUAACUUGCUGCCGACUAUUACUAGCGAACGAUAUCCUCAAAGGGAUACACAAUUUAACAAGAUAUCCUCAGACUGUCCACUUACGCAUGAAUUGGCCUAGACCUCUCUUUUCAAUACUACUUGCUACGAUUUGAUGUGCGGAGGGUACCUAACCUUGAGAUUGCUCAAUGCGUCGUGGCCGGUUAAUUUACCGC